AUGUUCUUUUGUGCGAUUAACAAGAGUCCAUUCAGUCUGAAUUUUUUCAAUAGUUGUAAUUAUGUGAACUUGAAUGGUAAUUUUUUUGUUCGUCCAAGUCAACACUCUGACGCAAAAUGUACAAUUUCUUUAUGGUAUAAUGGCGUAGCUACAAAUAUAAGAAUUAAACAAUUAGCAAAUAAACGUUAUCAACUAGCUUAUAAAUGUGAUACUGAAACAGACGCUGAAGAAGAGUUAGAAGAAGAAGUUCCUCCAUGUGGUAGAUAUGUGGCGCCCGUAAUAGUAGUUACUGAUCAUUGUACAAUACUGUGCACAAGAGAUGAAGCAGACUACUUACUGAAAAAGACGGUGAAUGUUCAGGAAGGAAAUUUCAUACUUCGUCCAUCUGGGCAUGCAAGACAUCCCUAUUCAUUGAGCGUGUAUACUUCUGCUCUUAUUUAUCAUUUUCAAAUUGGUCAAAGUACGAAUAAUAGAUUUAUGAUUGGUCCAUUAGAUAGAGUGAAUUUAAAUGAAACACCGACAUUUUGUAAAAUAUCUGAUCUUCUUCGUUAUUAUUUAUCAAAUCCAAUUACUUUUAGAAAUGAAAUAGGACAAUCUAAUAGAAUACAGUUAAAACUUUAUAAAGGAAUUGGAGGUGGUGAUGAUGUAACAUGGCUUUAA